AUGUUGAACCCUGAUAAUGACGCCCAUGAAACGGAUCUUACCAAGGCAACAACACUAGUGCUGGUGGCAACUAUAAAUACAGUAAAGUGGUAUCAUUCAAACAGCCCACAGCUGAAUCUAUCCAAGAGAAGAGAAGAGAAGAAAAAAUUGCAGAGGAAGAUGAGGAUGAUGUUACUAGCGUUUGGAUUGAUACUGAGCAUGUCCAUAGCGGAAUGCGCUAGGAAUAGUGAUGUUGCAGGAAUCUUGGCAUCAUGUAAUCCAACCGGAUAUUUGAAUGGCAACUCCCACAACUGCAAUCGCGAGCACGGCUCAGACUGCUGCAAGUCAGGGGAGCGAUACCCACAAUACAAAUGCUCGCCCCCAGUGACAGGCAAUACUCACGCCAUUCUCACUCUGAAUGGGUUUGAGAAGGGCGAAGACGGAGGAGGGCCUUCGGAGUGCGACGGGGACUACCACAAUGACAACGAUCUGGUGGUUGCUCUUUCCACAGGUUGGUACGCCGGUGGCAGCCGCUGUCACGACUUCAUACUAAUCACCAAUCAAGACAAUGGUCGAACUGCACGGGCCAGGGUGGUGGAUGAGUGCGACUCAGUCUCUGGGUGCGACGAGGAUCACGACUUCCAACCCCCUUGUCCUAACAAUAUCGUGGAUGCCUCUCUAGGCGUAUGGAAAGCCUUGGGAGUUGAAAAUUAUGAUGAUGUUGGCGAGAUGAGCAUCACAUGGUCUGAAACUUAA